AUAACUUCAGAACCGGGUCGGGUUGCGUUAUGUUGUCGGGUUUAGGUCUCAAUUUGUCACAGAACUACAAAACGACAACGUUUGAUGCAACUCUUUAGAAAAAAAAGACUCGGAAGCUCAGAGAAGAAGAGAGAAGCGAUAAGAAGAAAUGAUGGAGGAAGGUCCACCAGCUCCGAAGAUCCUUCGAAUGGUCUGGUUCGUCGGCGCCGGAUUUCUAUGUACUUUCGCGAUCAAUAAAUGGCGUGAGAUGGAGAGAAACGCGAUUCUGAAGCAGGAGGAGGAGCAAAAGAAUCAACAACAAGGUGGUGUAGGUUUAUUGCAUCAACCGCCUACGGAUUCGAUUCACAAAGCUAUGAAAUGAUCAUCGCUCGUCCCGUGAUUUUGUUUCUUGAUCUUGCGAUUUUGGCAUCGUUGUUGACUUUAAAACUUUGGAUAUUUUUUCACUCUCCAGUGGAAGAAAGAUAGAAAUUGCCUCUGUGGUGUAAUUUUUUUUUUUAAUGAACCCUAGAAAUCUGAUGAUACUCAUACACAGUGGUUUCUACUUUGGGCUCACUCUAAUGAUUUGUUAGCUCAUUGGCUCAAUUGUCUCAGUUUGAUCAGAGGGUUUCCAAUAAGUUUUUCAG